AUGAAGUUGCAUGAAGAGGCAGAGGUGGAGGGAGAAAUUCAGGAGCUGAGGACCAUCACUCGGCUCCAGGAGCAAUGCCAGACGCUCCAGAUCCAAGGGAUGAAGGAGAAGCUGGAGCAGAACAAGACCGCUAUGGCCCUGCUGCGCGACCACAUCCGGGAAAGUGCCCAGGACAGGGCCUUCACCGCCAAGUGGCACCCCAUCUCUGUGGCCCUCUUGCCCACUGCCUGCUGGCUCUCACAGGUGCUGGCAGUGUACCCCAAGGAGUUGGACAAGCUGCAGAACCUGGUGGCUGACUACUGCUCAGAACUGUCAGACAUGACGGUCAUGUCCCAAGAUGCCAUGAUGAUUACAGAUGAGGUGAAGAGGAACAUGAGACAAAAGGAGGUGACCUUCAUCGAGGAGCGCCGGGCCCGCGAGAACCGGCUCAACCAGCAGAAGAAGCUCAAUGACAAGAUCCACAACAAGGAGGCCAGCGAGAAGUACCGCCGGGGCCACAGAGACUUGGACUUCUCAUCCAACAUAAUAAACGCUGAGACCCAAAGGGUGAAGAAGAGAGAGUCAUCUCCAGUGGAUGUGGAGUACCAGACGGAAGUGACGGCCCUGGUGGAGAAGGUCAAGUCCACUGUGCAGUGCUCCCAAAUCUGGGACAUUGCCGGCCGCUUCCUGGCUCAGAAGAACACUGAAGAGAACCUGGAGCUACAGAUGGACGACUAUGAGGCGCGACGGGCACAGCUGGACGCCCUGAUGAAGAAGCUGGAGCUGGAGCAGGCGCUGCUCAAAUUCCACCAGACACCCGGCUUCACCAGCCUUACGUCUGUUGAGAAGAAGAUGAAGAACAAGCUGGAAGAGGAGGAAGCCAGGCUCCAGCUAGCCACCAGAAACCUGACCAAGAGCCAACAGCUGCUGCUGACGAUCCAGGUGGGAAUCGACAACCUCUACAUGCGGCUCAUUGGCAUCACUCUGCCAAGUCACCAGAAGGAAGUGGUGCUCUCCGACCCACUGGAUGUGUACAGCAAGCUGGAGUACUGUGAGGGGAAGCUGGCGUACCUGGCUGACAAGCUGAAAAUGAAAACCAUGACGCCUGAGGCCAACCUAAAGGUGAAGGAUGCUCUGGAGCUGUCCACUGUGAAGGAGAAAUACAACACCAGGAUCACCUUUGAAGACUCGGAGGAGGAUGUGAUCGACACCUUCCAGUUCGACGACGUGGACAUGAGCUACGUGCCGUCGAGGAUGGAGAUCAAGAAGCAGGGCCAGGAGCUGAUCGAGGGGAAGCUCAAGACGGCAAAGAAGAGGAAAAAGUAG